GCCAACGUCAGUUGUUGAACUACCAGCUGCGAUCGUUGGGCUUCAUUGUGACACUGCGUCUGGUCAUGGAACGUUGGCAAAAUCGCGUCGCUGUCGUAACUGGUGCCAGUUCGGGCAUCGGUGCAUCCCUGGUGAAGGAGCUGAUCGCUGCCGGAGUCGUAGUGGUGGGUCUGGCACGCCGUCUGGAGCGCAUGGAGCAACUGCGGCAGCAACUGCCUGAAGCUAAGCGAGAUCAGCUGCAUAUAAUUCAAUGUGACGUCACUCAGCCGAGUGCCGUAGAGACAGCUUUUGAUCAGGUGGUGGCCCAACUGGGCGGCGUCGACAUACUGGUGAACAAUGCGGGAAAAUUGUCGGGUGGUCAGCUGCUGACAAUAUCGCUGGACACUGUGCAGCAGGUGCUGCAAACAAACAUCAUGGGCGUCGUCUACUGCACUCAGCGUGCCUUUCGAUCGAUGCGGGAGCGCAAUGUGGCCGGGCAUGUGUUCGUCAUCAACAGCAUUGUGGGGCACUAUUUGUUUAAUCCGCUGCAAGGACACAUGCAGGAACUGAACAUAUAUCCGCCCACCAAAUACGCUUUAACUGCUAUGACAGAACUAUUCCGCCAGGAGAUGCGCGACUUCAAGACUAACGUGAAGAUCACGAGCAUCAGUCCUGGCCUGGUGGAUACGGAGCUGGUGCCGCAGCAUUACAAAACCUUGCCAAUGCUGAAAGCUGACGACAUAGUUGCCGCUAUCAUGUAUUCCUUGGCCACACCUCCCCAUGUGCAGGUGCACGAGUUGACCAUCAAGCCAAUGGGUGAGCCAUUCUAAUCACUGGAUCAAUGGAAGAUUCUAUGAGAAGAUUCUGUUAGUACUCUUAAAUAUUUUCAUUUAUGUAACACCAAUGUUAACCACACUCUACUAUAUGUAGAAAGCAAAUAAACUCCAAAAGCCAUUUA